UAAAUUGGAACUGUUUGUGGUGAUAUUUUGGAGCGGAAACUCUGGAUGUACCUUCGAAUAUUUUGGAAAUAUAUUGAAGAUGCUGAAGUGGACGGUAUCCAGAUCGCUGUCGACCACAAGCUCAACGCCACAUGGAACUUCAGCGGCCAUGGACAAAUCGACGCGCAGACCGUUUAGGGAUCUAUCGAAUACACCGCCAACGGGUAGCUCUAGAUCCAGAGUGGCUGGGGUACAGGAUGAUGGGACUGAGAGCAGUGUAAGUAGACUUGCUAAUGGAAGGAGGAGACGGUGUAGGAGUCAUGGGAGUGAUUUGAGAGCUUAUUUCAAUGCAACAAAGCCAAACCUCCGCUCCUCAAAACGCCAAUCAAUAUCGGAAGACCCGGCGGACUCGCCGCGAACCGAAAGCUUCUACCAAAGUACCCCCCGCGUGGACACGGACAUAGGUCCCCUCACCAUCAUCCCCGAGAGCGUCUCAAAGCCCCAGAACAUCUCGACCCUCCCCACUGACCCCUCAAUCCUCCCAGUGGCCUACCAAAAGUCCUUCGCCAAUAACAACGAACUCCCACAGAACGUCAUGAACGAGGCGCGAGCGAACCUCCAGUCCCACGUCUCCGACUUCUUCCAGCAGAUCUCCGUCGCCGGAAGUCCGGAGGACGUUAUGGAAGCUAACAAAGUCCCCUUCCUCACAAAGUCAAGAUUAUUCUCCCGCAAUCCAGAGAGCUCGUGUCAUCCAAAGCUAGCGAAGAUAACAAAGCUUCACACCAGACUGAAAACCCCCUACCACACGAAGGCCCAGCGGAGCCCCUUCACCGUCAAGGAGACACCUUUAUCAGGGCAGCUAGCUCACCUGAAGAUAGACCAAGACAAAUUCGAGAAUAUGGACAACACAGUGACGGAAGUGCUGACGAAUCAGCAAGAGAACAACCCAAAGACUGUUGCGGAGAUCCUUCUGCGGGACUCAGAAGAGCGUCGAAAGGUCCUGGAAGUGUCCGAUAAGAAGAGUCCCAGAAGUCCGGGGCACGUCUACGCGUCGAUAAUGGACGAGGGGGGUGAGGAGAAGGCUCCUCACAAUGACAGUUCCGUCUCGUCGGCUAGUCAGCUCCUAGAAGACCCGUCGCCGAUGUCUUGGGCGUUUCGCUCGCCGUCCAACGAUUCAGACGGCGAGUUCAAGUUGAGGAGGCAACGGGGCAUCAGGAGGAAACGAAAGGACCAGGGGAACGACAAGACAUCUGCCUCGAAGAGGACGAAACGACAAGACAGCAUCAGUCCAGGCACCAAACGAAAGAUUCUAGAGCUGCAGGAGCCGAUGCAAGCUGUCAACCUUCACGUCAAAAGGCUUGCUCUUGAGACGGAUUUGGAUUCUACCUUUGGCGAGCGGACAGUCUGCAAGACAUCCUUCAGCCAUAGCAAGGACGAGACGGGAAAAAACCUGUGGGAACUGGAGAGCCCCAAAUCGUCACUGAUGGAUGACUUUCCAAGCUCAAAGAGUUCGCUUCUCCAUUCGGUGACGGAAACGCCCGAGGCGCCGCUCAUUGCUACGGUCAGGAGGUGUCUGAAGUACAGUCCUGAUGUUGGAACACCGAGGGGGCAUUCUAGGGGGUCCAUUGAAAUCGAGUACAAUGUUAUUGGAGAUUAUAUUCAUGUCAGAGUGAUUCGCUGCAGAGACUUGAGACGAGCGUAUGAGGGGCCGAUUCAUGCAUACGUGAAGGCAAGCAUCAAGAAUCACUGCGGUGAGGGUGUUGUUAAACGCACAGCUGUUCACCGUGCAACCCCAAAUCCUGUUUUUCAUGAGACAUUGAUACUGCCUUGUCCGAGUAAUAACAACUGCACGACAAGGGCCACGUCCCUUGAUAUCGCCGUUUGGCACAGGGAUCGAAGAGCUAGGCGCAGCGAGCUGCUGGGCUGCAUGACUCUACCCCUCCCCUUGGCACAGGAUAAGGAAGCGACAUGGCACCCUCUGGAAGUGGGCUCUGGUCGAAAUACGAGUACACCUUACUCGAGUAUACCACAGGAGUGUGCGGUAUCACCGCCACUGUCAAAGGACGGGGAUCAUGUGGACAACAACAAUACAAAUGCAGAUGAUCUCACUUACCUCAGGCAUCUGGAAUUGGAGCCAAUAGAUCCGACAACUGGUUUACCGCUGCAUCCUGGAUUUACAGCUAAGGGUGGCAGGACACCCUGUACUAUUACGAGAAGGCUUGUACGACAGAGUGGUCCACAUCAGGUGCCAUGGGGUUUCUCUCUCUCCUGGGGUCGUCCCCCUCGAGUGGAAAGGGUGGACCCAGGAAGUCCAGCAGAACGCGCUGGUCUCCGACCAGGCGAUCACGUCGUGUUCGUGGACACAUCAAACGUAGUGAUACGACCGCGCGAGGACAUCCUGAGUCUCAUUCAAUCUGCCACCACCCAGCUCGUCCUCGAGGUUUACCGUCGCGCUGGGGGCCACGCAAAUGCCCACAGGCCCAGUUUCACAAACGUCAGUUUACAACAAAAUAUGGAUCACUCCAAUGGCCAUCACGUCACAUUCACCGCCGAGAUGUUCCCCAACCUGUCGCCGGACGCUUCACCAGAGGAGGAGCUAUCAGUCCGUGAGACUCGUUACUGGAGUGUCCUAAAGACCGGCGUCUCUCGUUUCUCAAUUCCCCUGGCGGAACGCCGAGACGUUCUCUCGCCAACCGACCACACAAUCCUCUUCCAAAACCUGGAGGACCUCUUCCGACUGUCCGAGGAGAUUCGUGACGAGGGUGGUCGAAUCGAGAGCUACCUAUCGCGAAUCCCCAGAAUAACCUCAAGCUACCGAAGAUACUUGAGCGGUCUCCAAAGAGCCUGCUGUUUGCUGGUGGCCCUUCGUCGAAACACAGCCUUCGCGAAGCUAGUGGCCGAGCCAGCUGUCCCCCACAAACGUCGUCCAGACCUCACUGGUGUCCUGCUGCUACCCCUUGAGCACUACAGAGAAAUGACGAGGCUACUGUGUCUCGCAUCACCGCGGAACUGCCAGAAGACUAGGGAUCUUGCUCAGGGUUAUCGAGAGGCCACUGCCAAUGCUGGGGUGAUGGAACCACCGAGGGACACGGGGAGACCUCUCUUAAGUCUCCAAGAAGUCGAGUCCAGACUCGUUUUCGCCAAGUGCCGACCUUUUACACUUGCACAGCCCGGCAGACAAUGGCUUUUUGGUGGAGCUCUGGCCAAGGUCGAGGGUCGUCGUCUCCAGCCCUCGUGGGCGCUUCUUCUAACGGAUCUCUUAGUCUUCGCGAGGGUCUCCAGGGAUCGAGUUCUCUUCGUUACGGAGGAGCCCCUCCGUCUCUCUAGCAUCGCCGAGGCGUGCUUCACUGUCAGAAAACGGCCGACAGAGUUCCGACUUCAGGUAGCGAUAACUCCGAAUGGGGGGAGGGAGAAUGGUCAUGUGGAGGUGGUGCAAUCUGGUGGGUGCAGUCCCCAUGGACGUGCCAGGAGGCGAGUCCUCAUUCUUCGAGCCCCGAGUCCGGAGCAGAAGGCAGUCUGGCAUAAUCUGCUGCAACGGCAGAUAAUCUAUGUGAAUACAGGCUGUGGGGGUGCGCCGAACCUAGACAGCCCGGAGGAGGGACCUUUCACGAGGAACGACUACGCUACAGUUGGUGAUUCCUCAUCAAGUCCUCAGGUAAAUAAAUGCGGACAUUAAAACGAUUUUUUUAUUAGUAUAUCCAAAAAGUUGCACGAACCUGGUGACACACUAGAGAGCAUCCUGAAAUCCAGUCCUUCGAAUCACGAGAACAAUCAUUUAGCUCAGUGGGUUAGAAAUUCUCAUCACGCACCACCACCAGACCACGAAGUGGCCCUUGAGGAGUGGACAGCCGAGGAGUUGGCGGCCCGGGCACCCCGUGAAUCCUCGACGAAUGUCCAGGUUCACGAGAAUACAGAAGAGCAUACAGCGCCGAAUUCGGAUCCUGAACAGCAGAGUACGACAUCGAGUGCAAGCCUGAGCACCGUCAAAUCAAGUAGUGUCAAUCCAAAGAAGAAUGGCAAUAUAUUCAGCAAGGAGCUACCGGGUGGAUCCAUCAACAUCUGCCGAAGGUGCCACAGAUCCGGAUGUCCAACUCCGCCACUCGUACGGGAUCCCUUCUCCCCGAUUCCACCAAAAAUCUCAGUGCUGCCUCCAACCCCAGACCUCUGCACAACACACAGACUGAGGAAUAGCAUUCACGAUAGUCCAAGUAGAAAUAGUGCAAACUGCACUCCAGCUGAUGGUAAUACCGAGGACGGCAGUGAGGAUGACCUUGACUGCGAUGGAGAGCCACCGUACAGAGCCCUGAGACGAUUCGGAACGAUGAGUAGUCUAGACCAGGACGACGACGUAGACGAGCAGACAGAGGACGACAGCCGAGACCAGGAGUCACCACCAUCUGGCCUACGAUCGUGGACAGCUCGGGCCAGUAGUUUCGUCGUCAGUAAGAUGGUCUUCCUUGAGCAAUUGGGUGAGGGGGUUGGGGGGUACCUCCUGCAGCCCCCCGUCCCCCCAGAAAGGACAGAGUUCUCGUUAGACCCUAAUGAUGAAGAGGGCACGACGUCUGGAGGCACCUCUGGUGAUGACAUCUGGGGUACGCCGACCUCCGGAGGACCCGACGACGAGAGCUUCACUGCUAGUCCACCGUCCAUCAACGGCAACGUCAUCGGCGAGGACAACUAUGGCCUCAGUCUCAACGCAGACGACGAUCCCGACGAGAGUGGUGACUCCGAGGACAGCAGUCUUCCAGAGAUCAGUAUGGAGCAGCUACUUGGCAGUGGUAGUCUAUCAUCACUCCGCUGUUUCCUGGGCCGAAGACGACUGGAGCCCCUUCCAGAGGAGGAGGACUCACCGGGUAGUGGAAAACUCCAGGUGGGAUGGUGGUGACAGAGGUUGCAGGCGACGUCUGACGUCGACGAGAGCCAACAACGCACGAAGAUCUUCGAGCAACUGAGCCAGGAGGACGAAGACUUCCGCAAGAAGAUCCUCGAUCUACACCGAAAACUCUCGGACGUCGACGAGGAUUCCGUCCAAGCUGCCCCGCCAGACAAGAAGACCGAGAAACGAGUGAGUCUUCUCGAGGGUGGAAAGAUCAUCUUUCCCUCGAUGAAAACGUCCUUCAGCGGGAGCUCGAGUGACGAGGCUGAGCCUACGUACCGACUCCUAGAGAGAAGAAGAUUAAGAAAAAUGGAUCUUGAGCACGAGAGGAGAAGACACUUCGAAGCACUUCGAUCGAGAUCAGAGAGAAUCGAUGAGGGGUCUGAGGAAGACGCAGAUGAGCCUGUCAGCGCUAGACCGCAGGAGACAAAUUUCCUCAACCGUCUGAGAAUAAGAAGGAGAAGCAUGAAACUUCUCAGCUUCCUCAGUGGUAAGUCAACAGACAAGUCCCAGGAGGAACGCGCCUCCAAGUUCUUGAAAAUCUACAUGGCAGACCGUGGAAAAGGCCAGAACACAAUUUCAAUUCAUCACACCUCGAGGGACAGGAGAUUCUGGAAGCUGAGGAGCCGAAGGAGGGCGAGUUCCUCCGAGGGAAAGUGAAACAAUGAAAAUCAAAAAUUGGUAUACUGUUGAGUGCGGAGCACAAUCCCCCUACGUUAUAGCGUCCAAAUUAGGAAGUCGAUGGAGCGAUAGGGAAUGAUGAUGUCAGAUAUUAUUCCGAAUGUUCGGAUAAUUCAACCUAAUUCAAUUAAUGUCCAGGGAUGAUAAUCAGCUGGAUGGAGUCUUUCAAUUAUACACUUCAGGGCUGUUAUCGUUAUUAAACAAUACUGAGAUUACUUCUGAUAAUAUUCGACAUAAUGCCGCUCUUCAUUUGUUAUUGAAAUCUUUUGAGAUUUGUAGACAUUAGGGAUAGGCCAAUUUGCCAAUUAGAAUUCGUACGGAGCCAUGAAUGCAAUUAGAAAAUUUCUUAGAUAGAUUUUCCUCAUGAAUUUCUUACACUGCGCGUGAUUCCCUGGUAGAUCGAUCGAUGGCUACUCGAUGGGGACUCGAUAGGAGAUCGACUAGUGCACUCGGUCGAUGGUCGGUCGAUCGUUCGUUGAUCACUGGAUAGAUGGUUAGUCGAUUGAUGGUCGAUCAUUGGUUGAUUGGUGGUCGAUUGUUAGUCGAUGAUUAGUCGAUUAACGGUCGAUGGUCAAUUGUUGGUCGAUUGCUAGUCGAUCAUUGGUCGAUCGUUAUUUGAUCGAUAAUCAACCAAUCGAACAGCCAUCGACUAGCACUUGACUGAGUGCUCAGCUCGACCCUCAUAUCGAGUGAUCCAUUAGGGUUCCUGUAAUAGGGAACUUGCACGUAUUAUUUUUUCCCCCUCAAAUACCCCCAAGAACCCAUAUUUGAUAAGGAAAUACACGGAAAAUCGUUUAAUAAUUAUUUAUUUGCUUUGAAAAAUUGCAUUUUUUUAACGUUCGAAAAAGGCCUGUGACGUCAACUCACCGGUGGCCGAAAUUUUCGUGUGGCGCCAGCAAGCGGUUUAGUACAACUGCUGGAAUCUAGGAAAAAAUGCUCGGUACAUGUAUUUGGCUAGAAAAUGUCAGAAGUUCCUUAUAAAUAUUGUUUUGUACCAGGAUGUAAAAAUACAAUAGUGAAAAUUAUACAACCUCGACUUUCGACACUUUGACACAGAUUUAAACCCAUAAAAUCUAUCAGCAUAGUAACGUCUACCGUUGGUAAAUUCCCCGAGCACGCCUUUUGAAAAUCAUUUUCCAGCACAAACUUCAUUUCUUACCGCCAAUAUAUUUGUUUAUCUACUUUCAAUGAUUGUUUCAAACAUAACCCCCUCGAUUUGUUUUGGUUGAAUGUCCCGUGCCUUGAGAGGCUAGAAUAACUCAAUAGCGCUACCAGUGGUCGCAAGGGGAACUUGAUUCCGGUGAAUUGACGUCAUCACCCCAAAAAAGUGUUCAAAAUUGAUGCAUUUUUAAUCAGUUAUUACAAAAUAUCCAGACCACUUUUCGGAAAACUUUUCACUCUAGAAUGGUUUAUAUACUAUAAAGACUCUAUUCAUUUGAAAAUAUUCGAAAACCGGACUCUAUGCAAGUUCCCUAUUACCGAUAUAUUAUUUCCCUGAUAAACGGAGAAAAUCGGCCUACUCAAACCGGCCUAUAUUGACCUUGAAAUUCCGUCAACACCAAACGUCCACGUAGACUUACCGAUGUUUAUACUUGAUUAUUUCUUUCACUAACUGAUGAUUCUUCAUAUACACUCGUUAUGUUUGCCAUAGAUUGACUAUAAAAUCCUCAAGUCGACAUUGCAUAUUAUCAAUGAUUAAUUAAUAGUUCAAUUCUUUAAGGAGCUGAUGAAAUAAAUUACGUAGGUCCGCACGACUGAUCCAACGCGGCACUCAAAAACUCUUCCACCUAUGUUUUAGGCCACGCUGAUUCGACAUUAAUAUGAUAUACGAGUGCAAAGAUCUGUUAAAGAAAUUUCCAUGUGAGAGAUGUGAGCGUUACUGUUGGUAGAUUAUUAGUCCUGUGAGGAUAACUUCAAAACGCAAAUAAAUUGUACUAUUUGUUCAAA